AUGCUUUACUUCCAGGUGGUGAUCCUGGCCGCUGCAGCCAUGCUGGCGUACUACUUUGAGUUCACGGACACCUUCAGCCCCGCCCUGCAGGGCUUCAUCUGCAGGGACCCCAGCCUCACCAAACCAGACCCCGGCCCCGAACAGGACGGCCGUCUGCAGCCCGUCAUACUGUUCUCUGUGGUGGGGGGGCUGCCUGUGGUACUGAUUUCAGGUGUGGAGCUUGUUAUCUUCCUCCUUCACUACAACUCAGACAACCUGUACGACCAGGACAAGGUUGUUGUCAUGGGAGACUGUUGCUACGUGAACCCUAUGGUGCGCAGGACCUUCCGUUUCCUUGGUGUGUAUAUCUUCGGUCUAUUUACAACAGACAUCUUUGUCAGCGCAGGUCAGCUGGUCACAGGAAGUCUGGCUCCUUACUUCCUGUCUGUUUGCCUGCCCAAUUACACUGCCCUCGGCUGCCUGGACACGGCUAACUUUGUCAGCCAAUCAGAUGCUUGUACUGGUGAUGCUGAUGACAUCAUGAGAGCCAGGAAGACGUUCCCCUCCAAAGAGGCUGCCCUGAGUGUGUAUCCAGCUGUGUAUCUGGCAAUGUACAACAUAUCCUGUGUGGGAUCCAGUGGAGGUCUCCUGACGGGCCCCCUCCUCAGCCUCUCAUUGGUCAGUACAGCUAUGCUCAAAGGCAUCAACAGAAUGGCCGAGCACCAAAACCACUGUGAUGUCAUCGCAGGACAAGCCAUCGGAGGCGCUAUCGCUGUCUUUCUGGUGGUGUUUGUGGUUCAGUAUUUUAAAAAGAGACGUGUGGUUUCUCACAGUCUCUCAGAUUCAGGCACAGCUGACACUGAUGAAGCCUCAGCUCAGACCAAUCACUGCAUGGACGUCAGUGACAAAUACACAGUUCCUCAG